AUGUCUACCAACCACGGAUCCGGCCAGUCUAGCGUUGGCAACCGUUCCCUCUAUGAGGCUGGUGACCAGCGCAACGAGCCUCAGUCUGUCCUGAACGAGCGUGAGCGCUACAACGAGGGUAUCAAGGGCAGCCACAAGAACCUCGACUCUAAGGAUCAGCGCUCCAUCGCCAACAAGCUUGCCUCGCAGGAGCGCAAGCCCAACUCUUCCCACCACCACAACAAUGACUACGAUCCCGAGGCUGAGUUGAGCAAGCAGGAUCCUACCAAGCCGGCCAAGAUGCACGGCAACGCUCCCUCCAAGGGCGCCAAGAUCGAUGCUGAGCUGCAGGCUGAUGAUGAGCAGCGCCUGCGCGAGAAAGGCAUCAAGAAAUAA